GAUUCGAGAAUGCAAGUACGUACCAAAUAAAAGUAGUACAGCUAAUUAGCUGCGAUAGGUGAAAAUUAAAUAGGGAUGGCAUUACAGGAUGAGAUUGUUCGUGCCCAAUCUCACAUAAAUUACUACUUCUUCAACUUCAUAAAUUCAUCUGCUCUCAAAUGUGCUGUUCAGCUAGGCAUUCCAGACGUCAUUCAUAGACACGGUCGACCCAUCACGCUUGAAGAACUGGUUGACGCCCUCUCUAUCAACAAGGCAAAAGCCCACCACCUUGGUCGCCUCAUGCGCGUCUUGACUCGUUCUGGCUUCUUUCUUGACGCCAAAAUCAAGGACGAUGAUGACGGGUAUGCCCUCGGGCCUCCGUCGUGUCUUCUCAUUAAGGACCAUCCCUUUAGUCUGGCACCAUAUGUUCUAGGGGCAACCAGUGCCAUAUUUGCGGGUCCAUGGCACCAUGUCAGUGAAUGGUUCCACAACGAUGAUCCAACGCCGUACCAAACAGCGUACGGGAAAACAUUUUGGGACUGCGCCAGUCAAGACCCGGAGCUUAACCUUUACUUUAACCAAGCCAUGGCACAUGGUUCCUUACUUGUAAUGUCUUUGGUCAAAAAAUAUUGUAGGGAAGUUUUUGAGGGGUUGGAUUCACUAGUAGAUGUGGGAGGUGGCACCGGGAUGGUGGCCAGAGCAUUAGCCGAUGAAUUCCCGGAUAUGAAGUGUAGUGUGUUGGAUCUUCCGCACGUUGUUGCCGGCUUAGAAGGGACUAAGAACUUGGUCUAUGUUGCCGGAAACAUGUUUGAGGCCAUACCUCCUGCACAAGCAGUUUUUCUUAAGUCGAUAAUGCACAAUUGGAAUGACAAGGAUUGCGUUAAAAUACUGAAGAAAUGUAAAGAAGCAAUUCCUGGUAGAGAAAAGGGAGGAAAGGUGAUAAUUGUUGAUAUGAUUCUGGAUGCCACCCAAAAGGGAGAUGAAGAGUCAAUACAAAACCAAAUUUACUUGGAUCUGUAUAUGAUGGCUUAUCAUGAUGGACAAGAGAGAGCAUUAAAAGAAUGGGUGAAAAUCUUCUAUGAUGCUGGGUUUACGGAUUAUAAAACAACGCAAAUUGGAACAAGAUCUCUCAUUCAACUUUUUCCUUAAAUCUAUAUAUCCUAUCUCCCCAUCCCAGGCUAUAUAUAUUUGAGACAAUAAAGAAGUGAAAUUGGAUUGGUUUCCAAUCUAAAUAUUAUCCAUAUCUAUCACCCUGAAGUAAAUGUAUUUUAAUUUGGACUUCCAGCUUUAAUUUAAUGGUACCGUAUAUGUAAUAUGUCGAAUAAAUAGUCAACUUCAUUUUAUUUUA